AUGGCCAGGCCGCAGAGGACUCCGGCACGCAGUCCCGACAGCAUCGUCGAGGUGAAGAGCAAAUUUGAUGCCGAGUUCCGACGCUUCGGGCUGCCCCGCGCUUCGGUGAGCGGCUUCCAAGAGUUCUCUCGGUUGCUGCGUGCGGUACACCAGAUCCCGGGCCUGGACGUGCUGCUUGGCUAUACGGAUGCUCACGGCAACCUACUGCCCCUCACCAACGACGACAGCCUGCACCGGGCCCUGGCCAGUGGGCCCCCGCCGCUGCGCCUGCUAGUGCAGAAGCGGGAAGCUGAUUCCAGUGGCCUGGCCUUUGCCUCCAACUCUCUGCAGCGGCGCAAGAAAGGGCUCCUACUUCGGCCAGUGGCACCCCUGCGCACGCGGCCACCCCUGCUAAUCAGCCUGCCACAAGAUUUCCGCCAGGUUUCUUCAGUCAUAGAUGUGGACCUACUGCCUGAGACUCACCGACGGGUGCGGCUGCAUAAGCAUGGUUCCGACCGCCCCCUGGGUUUCUACAUCCGAGAUGGCAUGAGUGUGCGCGUAGCUCCCCAGGGCCUGGAACGGGUUCCAGGUAUCUUCAUCUCCCGCCUGGUACGAGGGGGCCUGGCUGAGAGUACAGGGCUGCUGGCAGUCAGUGAUGAGAUCCUCGAGGUCAAUGGCAUUGAGGUAGCUGGGAAGACCUUGGACCAAGUGACGGACAUGAUGGUCGCGAACAGCCACAACCUCAUUGUCACUGUCAAGCCAGCUAAUCAGCGCAAUAAUGUGGUGCGUGGGGCAUCUGGGCGUCUGACAGGGCCUCCUUCUGCUGGGCCUGGGCCUGCUGAGCCUGAUAGCGACGAUGACAGCAGUGAUCUGAUCAUUGAGAACCGCGAGCCUCCCUGUUCCAACGGGCUGUCUCAGGGGCCUCCAUGCUGGGACCUGCGCCCAAGCCGCCUACUUCCUGAUGCCCGCAGCUCUCUGCCCUCCCUGGAUGAUCAGGAGCAGGCCAGCUCUGGCUGGGGGAGUAGCAUUCAAGGAGAUGGUAGUGGCUUCAGCCUCUGA